GUAUUCUCCGUGAAAAUGCGUGUACCGAACCGUGACCCCCGUACCGUGACGGUUCAGUACGAAUACAUGUACCGUGCCACCCCUAACCACCGCUCCGCUGAGUGCUGCAGAACAGCGUGUUUUGGUUCAAAGUCUCUAGCUGCGUUAUGUAUCUCGCACAUGUUUAUUGAUGUACUGUCUUUGAAUCUGCAGCACAAAGAUGCAUACCAAGUCAUCUUGGAUGGCGUGAAGGGUGGCCCGAAGGAGAAGCGCCUGGCAGCACAGUUUAUUCCCAAGUUCUUCAGCAGCUUUCCAGAACUGGCCGACGCAGCCAUCAAUGCUCAGCUUGAUCUCUGUGAAGAUGAGGAUGUGUCGAUCCGACGACAGGCCAUCAAGGAGCUCCCGCGGUUCGCAACUGGCGAGAACAUCCUCAGAGUUGCAGACAUUCUCACCCAGCUCCUUCAGACAGAUGAUACAGCAGAGUUCAACCAAGUGAAUGCAGCACUUAUUUCUAUCUUUAAGAUAGAUGCUAAAGGUACUCUUGGGGGCCUCUUCUCUCAGAUCCUGCAGGGAGAGGACAUAGUGCGGGAAAGGGCCAUCAAGUUUCUGUCAGCCAAGCUGAAGACCCUGCCGGAAGAUGUCAUGACAAAGGAGGUGGAAGAAUACGUCUUUGCAGAGACAAAGAAGGUGCUGGAGGAUGUGACGGGAGAAGAGUUUGUGCUGUUGAUGCGUGUUGUGUCGGGCCUGCGGGUGCUGCAGACAGUGAAUGGGCGGCAGCAGCUGGUGGAGCUUGUGGUGGAGCAGGCUUUCCUGGAACAGGCUCUCAACCCAGCUGACCCCGACACUGUUGACCGCCUGCUGCAGUGCACACGCCAGGCCCUGCCCCUUUUCUCGAAAAAUGUCCAUUCCACACGCUUUGUCACCUACUUCUGUGAACACGUCCUGCCCAACCUCAGCACCCUGACAAGUCCUGUGGCCGAGCUGGACAUUCAGCUGGAGGUGCUGAAGCUGCUGGCUGAGAUGAGUCCGUUCUGUGGAGAUAUGGAGAAACUGGAGGCCAACCUCAACAUGCUGUUUACCAAGCUGCUGGAGUUUAUGCCUCUGCCACCUGAAGAAGUAGAGAAUGGGGAGAACUCAGCAAACGAGGAGCCAAAACUGCAGUUCAGCUACGUGGAGUGUCUCCUCUUUGGUUUCCACCAGCUAGGCAAGAAGCUGCCAGACUUCCUCCUCGACAAAGUUGAUGCUGAGCGCCUCAAAGACUUCAAGAUCAGGUUACAGUAUUUUGCCAGAGGCCUGCAGGUUUACAUCAGACAGCUGCGAGUAGCACUGCAAGGCAAGACAGGAGACGCUCUGAAGACAGAAGAGAACAAGAUCAAAGUGGUGGCCCUCAAGAUCACGAACAACAUCAACGUCCUCAUCAAGGAUCUCUUCCACAACCCUCCAUCAUUCAAGAGCACAGUCACUCUGUCCUGGAAACCUGUCCAGAAGACCGAGGCAGUAGCGGCUAAGCGCCCAUCAGGUGAGGAGAUGGGUUCCGGUGGCAGCACAAAAAAACAAAUCUCUCCUCAACCCCGGAGGGACGCACGGCAAAUCUACAACCCCCCCAGCGGCAAGUACAGCGCCACGAUUGGAAAUUUUAACUAUGAGCAGCGUGGAGGAUUCAGGGGCGGCCGAGGACGAGGCUUCGGAGCCAGAGGCAACCGGAGCCGAGGCCGAAUCUACUGAGACACACAAACAGUACAUGUUGCCUAUUGAACUGCGUCACAUCAAGAUCUUUUCCACACCAAGACGGACUAUUUGUCACCUACUCUCUCACAUACUUUCUUUUUAACCGGUCUUCACGUCUUUUUCACUUUCCGACUCGCACAUCCAGAUUGUUUUUGUUUGUUUUUUGGAGGGGGUUUCCUGUCUUCAGAAUAUCAGACACUGGGCUCAGACUUUUUAACAUGUCCUCCCUGUGCUCCUCUUGGCCAAGGCGAUAGUUGAAGUAAAUCUAAAUGUUUUUGCCCCUUCAUUUUUUAAAAAUAUUAUUCUGUGUAUUUUUGUGGAACAAAAGACUGCCAAGUUGUAACUGAAUUAUUUUUUGUCAGAUUGUUGUAGGAAAAGAUAAAGAUCCUCUUGUUUUUGCGACAUGUUGAUGAAUGCAUUUCUUUCUACCUUUUUAUUUAAUCUUGUUUUUUUUUUUUAUUAGCUUAAGUUGAAUUGGCUGACUAUGCUACUUUGUAUGAAUCAAUGAUGUUUCAUUGGAUUUUUAUCAUAAACUUGUAUGGAAGUAUGAAA